UUCCUUCAAGGUCGAGGUCAUGGUUACUUAAAUAAAUAUGUUAAAAAUUACUUGUGUUUUAUGUAUCCUGGUGAUGGGUGACUCGUUUAACUGUAUUUGAAGAGUGGUAAUCACCUCGACCUUGAAUGUGUGGUAAUCUUGAAGUAACCAUGACCUCGACCUUGAACGUGUGGUGACCUUGGGGUGGUGUAGCAGUUCUCCCCAACCUACCCUACUUUGUGAUUAUGAGAUAAAUUUUUGUUGUUUUUGGCUUUGGCACUACCAAUACUAGUUUGUAAGUAAGAUUAUUUAAAAUUUCAUUUUGUUUUAGAGAAUGGUAUAUUUAUAUGUUUUUAUAAAUAUAUGAUCUAAACAUAAGAGCCUUCUUCCGGUCUAUAUAAGUACAAUGGCAUUAUAGGUCCUCUGCUGAACUAAUAGUACAAUAAUAAAUCAUCUUGCAAUCAAACUUUCAGCGUUUGAUUGUUGAUAACCGUCUAUCGAACACGCAACCGCAAAUUAGUAAUGCCUGCUGCCGGCUUCCGAAUUUAUAUGAUGGCGACCGAAACCCGAUAGCAUUUGCUGUCGGCCGUGUGCCGCUUGCUUCGGAAUCGUACCAAAGCGACAUAGCAAAAUUCAUUGAUUUAAAUAGCCUUUUAAUUAUAAAAGUGACAACACUGCUUUGAAAUCUAAAACACGAGCCAGUAUUACACAGUACAAAUGAUGAAUUUUGUAAGCUUGAGAUGGGCAUACCUUUAUGACAAAGGCUGGACAUGGUAGCCAUAUCCUUUUAGUAUUUUCCCACCGUAUUUGAAUUUAGUGUUCGGAGUGAAGUUAGUUGACCCCUUAAGAUCAUUACAGAUUUUUGGUGCCGUGACCAGGAUGCUUGGAACUGGAGGUUUGUGGAAGGAAAAGUGGGUACUUGUGUUGUUAAUUAUAGGAUGGGUUAUGCUGCAUAGAAGUUGUUUCUGGACACAAGGAUUCGGUAGUUAUUGAAGUUUGUGUUGUACCAUAAGAUGGAAUCAUCAGCACAGUCAGUUGCGUCCGAGGAAGGUCAGGUGUACGAGAUGAGUUCCCUCGAGGUUGAGUUCCUGCAGUUGAAGGAGAUGGUGCGCCAACAGUCUGCCCGGAUGGAGGCCUUCAUGAAGGCACAGGAGAGCGUGAACCAACGGCUGCUGGACGCCAAGGAGAACCCUCGACCAAGGAACCUGUCUACGGAAGCUAUCGCGUCUACGUCAAGCGGUGAGUUCGUUCCAAGUAAUCCGACCUACCCCAUGCCUAACAUCCUGCCUAACCCCGAGCCUAACGCUAACCCUCUCCCUAAAACCAAUGUUGUUGACUCGGAGUGGAAGGAAGUAGCGAGGAGUCUGGCGAGGCGAUCUGCGGGCCCAAUUGCGGAGAAGCCCCUUUUCAUUCCCGGUAAGACCAAUCCCGUGUUAUUUCUUGAGCAGUUCGAGAAGUAUUUCCGCAUGACUCGGUUUGCUCCCGAGGACAAGCUGGAUGUAAUGAGAGGGUGUUUGGGGUAUAGAGUGGCACAGUGGGUGGAUGCGAAUGAAAAGGAGUGGGUGAGUUUUGAGGCUUUCCGUCGUGAGUUUUUAGAACGGUUUUGGUCGGAGAAGGAGCAGCGCGCUGAGCGGAUGAGGGUGUUGACGAAGCGGUUUGUUGCUGGUGCAGGUGGAUCCAGUAUGUCGGAGUACUUCUUGAAGCAGAUGUCCUUGCUACGUACCGUGUCGCCGUUGGUUCCCGAGGCCAAGUUGGUAGAGGAUAUUAUGGACCAACUCCCUGAUUCCAUACAGGCGCUGUGGUCCCUGACGACGCAUACCGAUAUGAAGACAACGGUGAGAUUCAUCACUAAGCAGGAGGCUAUAGGUAGGAAACGGAAACACCUGGUGCCAGAGUCUACUUCAGGUAGCGCCACCCGGAGGCCUCGUUUGGAACAGUCCACGUCAUGGCAGAGAGAGAGAGAGGAGGCUGUUCCCCCAUAUUUAGGUUCCUCUACGCGAAGACCUCAAUCCCUUAUGAAUCCUCGUAGACCGUCGACGGAAAACUUCCAUGGGGAACGCUAAGAAGGCACCGAUCCUCUAAACCACUUUUUAAGUCCUUCCCAUUUACACCCCUGAAAUUUGUCCCAGCGAGCCUGGAGUGCGAAUCUGCGGUUUCUCCUUCGGUACUGUCGACUGUUGCCUGUGGAGGAA